AGGAGAUGCCACUCCUCCAUUCCCGGAGCGGCGGCGGCCGCCGCGGCAACAACAACAACAACAACGGCGCCGCGGCGGCCGCUGACGCCGAGAGCCCCGAGCCCGCUCUCAAGCGUCAACGCCAGGCUACGGUUGAGCAGAGCUGCGCGGCCGCGGCGGGAGCCGGCGGAGAGGCGGACGCGGCGCCUCUGCCGGGAAGGGCUGUCGAAGAGGCCCUGAAGGGGGACAGGGCGGUCCCGGACGCCUGUGUCAGCGGCGAGCCGGCCGAAGGGGCCGCGCCGGCUGGGGCAGGAGAAAGCUGGAGCUGCGCGGAAAGCGGGGCCCGGUGGUGGGGCCUGGUCCGUGAGGAGCCGCCGUCGCCGCCGCACCAACGGCAGCUGCCGCGGGGGCAGAGCCAAAGGGAGGGCGCGGAGGCGGUGCCCGCCGGAGAACCAGCGGAGACGGCCAUUGGCUGCGGGCCGGCGCAGUCUUCGAACGGCGCGGCUGAGGCGGAGAGGGCGCCGCAAACCGAUAAUAUAUUUUUUAGUGAUGAAAUUAUUGCAAAUGGCUUCCAUUCUUGUGACAGUGAUGAAGAUGAUAGAACCUCUCAUGCAAGUUCCAGUGAUUGGACUCCAAGGCCACGGAUAGGUCCAUACACUUUUGUCCAACAACAUCUCAUGAUAGGCACAGAUCCACGUGCAAUUCUGAAAGACCUAUUACCAGAAACAAUUCCUCCUCCUGAAUUGGAUAAUAUGACAUUAUGGCAAAUUGUUGUUAAUAUUCUAUCAGAACCACCUAAAAGAAAAAAGAGAAAAGAUAUUAAUACUAUAGAGGAUGCAGUGAAACUCCUGCAAGAAUGCAAAAAAAUAAUUGUAUUGACUGGAGCUGGGGUAUCAGUUUCUUGUGGCAUUCCUGACUUCCGAUCAAGAGAUGGUAUAUAUGCCCGCCUAGCAGUUGAUUUCCCAGAUCUUCCUGAUCCUCAAGCAAUGUUUGACAUAGAAUACUUCAGAAAAGAUCCAAGGCCAUUUUUCAAAUUUGCCAAGGAAAUAUAUCCUGGACAGUUUCAGCCAUCUCUUUGUCAUAAAUUUAUUGCUUUAAUGGAUAAAGAAAGAAAACUCCUUCGCAAUUAUACACAGAACAUAGAUACACUGGAACAGGUUGCUGGAAUUCAAAGGAUAAUCCAGUGCCAUGGUUCCUUUGCAACGGCUUCUUGCCUCAUCUGUAAAUACAAGGUUGAUUGUGAAGUUGUACGAGGAGAUAUUUUUAAUCAGGUUGUUCCCAGAUGUCCCAGAUGUUCACCUGAUGAACCCCUUGCUAUCAUGAAGCCAGAAAUAGUAUUCUUUGGUGAAAAUCUACCGGAGCAGUUUCACAGGGCCAUGAAAUACGACAAAGAUGAAGUUGAUCUUCUGAUUGUUAUUGGGUCUUCACUUAAAGUAAGACCAGUAGCAUUGAUUCCAAGUUCCAUCCCACAUGAAGUGCCUCAGAUUCUAAUUAAUAGGGAACCAUUGCCUCAUCUACACUUUGAUGUCGAGCUUCUUGGUGACUGUGAUGUUAUUAUCAAUGAAUUAUGUCAUAGAUUGGGUGGAGAAUAUUCAAAACUUUGUAAUAGUUCCAUUCAGCUUUCAGAAAUAACAGAGAAACCUCCACGGCCUCACAGAGAGUUUGAAAAACAUUUAACAGAGUUACCACCCACUCCUUUAAACAUUUCUGAAUCUUCUAGUUCAUCUGACAGAAUUCCAUCACAAGAUUCUCAAGUGAUACAUUCAGAGCAUUCUGAUCAAUAUAAAGCAGGAAAUUCUGAUGUUGCUUUGGUAUCUAAAGAAAACUCUAUAGAAGAAAAACCACUAGAAGUCCAUAACUCUUUAGAAAAUUCAGAAAGUACUCACGAUCAGUUAGAAACUACAGAACAUGUGAAGGAACUUGGAUCUAAUCAAGAAGAAAACAAAGAAAGAAGUGAAAAAAUCUCUGUUGAAACAGUGAGAAAAUGUUGCUUGAACAGAUGUGCAAAAGAGCAAAUUAGCAAGCGGCUUGAUGGUACUCAAUAUUUGUUUUCACCACCAAAUCGCUAUAUUUUCCAUGGUGCUGAAGUUUAUUCAGACUCUGAAGAUGAUGUCAUCUCCUCCAGCUCUUGUGGAAGUAGCAGCGGUAGUGGAUCAUGUCGGAGCCCAAGCUUAGAUGUAGAAGAGGAGAGUGAACUGGAAGACUAUUACAAUGGCAUCGAAGAAGAGGAGGAGGAGGAAGAGGAGGAGGAGGCAGACACUCCUGACAGAGAAGAGGAGAAUGGAUUUGAGGAAGAUGGAACUGACCUUCCAGAAUCUGUUGACGAAUCAAUUUCUAUAAAUCAGACAGUAGAAUUUGACAGUUCAUCAGACAAAUUGUAAGAUAAUUACUGAUUUAUUUCAGGAACUUUUCCACCAGCAUUAGCAAUUUGGGCAUGUUGGAAUGAAUGUGUACUGAAUUCAGAACAAGGCAAACAACGAUGUUUAUAAACAUUAGAGUAGAUUUUCAUGCAUAGUUUUCUAACUUUUCCAAUUGAAUUCUAUAAAGACACACACAACACUAAUCAUUUUGAAUUUUGUGGAAGGUACUAAGUAUCUUUUACUGUCACUACAUUCAUUUUUAUUAAUAUGUGUUAUAUGUGUGUGUGUAUUCGCACAUAUACAAUAUUUUUGGCUUUAUAAAUUUCACCCUGUGUUAUUUCUGAACCAUUUAAAAAGCCAUCAUAAUAUUAAUAUAAUAUAAAGGGAACAGCUAAUCUAGACCAAAGAAUGGUAUUGUUCAUACCUCUCUUGCUUUGCAACAUUUCAGUUUAUUUAUGUCUCUCCUUAGUCUGCUGCUGCAAAAAUAUGUUGUUAAAUAUGAAGAUUUCCCCCAAAUACCUAUGGCAGCUAUGUUUUCUGAACUCUUCUUGUUGGGUAUAUUUGCAUGCAAUCAUAUUAGAAGUUAAUUAGACAUCAGUGACCAUCUGAAAAUUCCUUAAAUUACCAGAAAAUAGCAUUUUAAAAACCUAUUUAAAUAAAUGAAAAAUGCUAUUUUUAAAAUAAAGGCUAAAAUAAAGCAACUUUCUGUAGAUACUUAAUAAUGCUUAUUGGCUUACAAAAUUACAGGAAGAAAGUAUUAGAUAAGAAAUCAUUAACCCUGUUAACAUGAGUAUUUAGUGCAGGAAGUUGGUAUAUAAAACAAUGUAUAAAAUCUUUGUGUACACUGCCAAGAUGUGAAUAUUUAAGUGUUGCAAGGUGUAUAUAUAAUGUUCAGGAUAUAGAUGGAAUUUUUGCCCAAGAACAAAAGUGUUUCUAUACUUUUCAGUACUUUUAUACAAACAUUUAAUGAGAGCUACUCACGCAUCCAGUAAAACACAAAAUUCAAUUUCACCUUAAAGUAUGCUGCUUAAAGGCUUCUCUGUUCAGAGAACCUCAUACCACUCCUUGGUAGAUUGAUGUAGAAAAAGCAGCUACCGAAAUGAGUUCCAAUGCUGCUUCAAAACUGCCUCUUGAAAUAGAUGUGUCAAAUGUUACAGCUGUAGAUUGUCUCAAUCCUUCCUGCUUUGUUUGAUCGUAGGUUUUUAAUUUCUUCUUGAAACCACUUUUCAGCUGGGCCCGUAGUUAAAACCAGUUGCCAAUAAUUCUUUUGCAUUUCUUUAAUAUUCCAUUUUGAAAUAUGUAUAGAGCUGUUCUUUUCAGUCAGUACAUCCAAUUUGUAACACAGCAUAAUGAAGUGUUAAAAAUGGCAUUUUGUGUUCAUUUGAAAUGUUGGCAUGUUUUCUUGUUGUCCAAGUUAUAAAUAGAACUUGAACAACUACACUUAAAAGAAUGCAAUAUGUUUAGCUUGGCAUGCAUGUCAAACUGUAUUUGUGUUAUAGGAGAUAUUUUAAAUGGAAAUAUUUUGUUUUAAAUUAUUUUUACAGUGUGGAUUAUUUUCUGCUUUUAUAUUGUAUAUAGUGUCUUUUAUGUAACCAACUGGCAGAUGUUUUGUAGAAGAUUGUUUAAAUUGACCUAGCUCUCUUCCUGCAACUUUUGAAAUACAAAACCAGUGUUUUAUACUCAGUCUGAUUUAAAUCUAUUAAAUUGUUAACUUUUG